GGUAUCAGUAGCAUCAAGCGAGAUGAGUGGUUUAGUCUCAUAGAAACUAAGGAAUCACGAAUUUAUCCUAAUUCUGAGCAUCUUCGGUUGGAGAGAGGAGAGAUUAGUGAAGAAUGGGAUUUGAUGUAUUGUGAAAAAUAAAUAUCUUUUGUUGGUUUACACAUGGGACAUCAUUAUAUAUCAAUUGUUUGUUUUGCUAUUGUCAUUCAGGUUUUAUCACAUUCAAUUGAAAUGGAUUUAGAUAAUCUGAACACAAAUACAAGUGUUAACGGUAAUGUAUUGUGUCGUACCGAACGAGGAGUUUCUCUAAAUCGUGAAUUCUAUCGCCACGAUACGUGUGCAAGAUGCUACGAUUACUUACCAGAUUGGAUCUUCCCUAAUUUGAGCUUUAAAUUCGUGUAUAAAGGAGAUGGAUACCUGUACGAUCCUGAAUAUAAUACACCGUAUAUACCUGAUCCAAAUAACACAAGUUCUCCAAUUGUAUCGACAUUAAUUUCUGAGGAAUUCUUCGAAAAAUGGGCAGUGUGUUGUCGAACAGCUUUGGAUUGUUGCGAAGAAAUGGCAAAAAAUCCUCAACCCUCCGAAGGAUUAUACUGCCCAAGGACGUGGGAUGGUUGGCAGUGUUGGCCUGAUACCCAAUCUGGAACAUUUGCUAUUGCCCCGUGUGCUGGACACGUAUAUUUUAUGAGCGAACAACCGGCUUGUUCACGUUAUGCAAUAAAGGAAUGUUGGCCAAAUGGUACUUGGUAUGUUAAUGAUGAAUACAACAACGAAUGGACUAAUUAUGGAAACUGUGGACGUGUUGAUGAAGUAAGGAGAUUACUGUACUUCCACAUUGCAACUUACGGUAUUUCAAUUGUCUUCCUGAUUCCUGCAUUGAUAAUAUUCAUAGUAUAUAAACAGUUACAGGUGCAUCGAAUAACAAUGCAUAAACACCUAUUCGCUUCACUACUUCUCAAUGGUAUUUUCGUUAUAUUAUUUAAAUCCAUUGUUAUUUUAAAUGAAAUCGAAAGUAAUAGCCAAGAAAAUACAAUUUUGGAAGCUAAUGGGAUAGGAUGCAAGAUAUUGUUCGUACUUACAAAAUAUUUUCGCAUGACAAAUUACAUGUGGAUGUUCUGUGAAGGAUUCUAUUUGCAUAAACUAAUUGCUGCAGCAUUUGCAGAACAGAAAGACAUCAUUAUGUUUUAUUUAAUUGGAUGGGCUUUUCCUGUAAUACCAAUUUGUAUAUAUGUCUUGUUGAGGAAGAUCUACUCGGAUGUAAGGUGCUGGGCAAUUCCAGAAGAAACUUACGAAUGGAUAAUGAACACUCCUAACUUAUUGAGUCUUCUAUUAAAUCUAGCAUUCCUCUGCAAUAUAAUUAAAGUUUUAGUUACAAAGCUUCGAGCAACCCACGCUAAUGAACCCAGUCAAUAUAGGAAAGCCGUUAGAGCCACAUUGAUUUUAGUUCCAUUAUUUGGUGUCCAUUUUACUCUUGUAAUAUAUCGUCCACAGUCUGGAAGAUGCGAGAUUUUAGAAGCAUACACCUAUAUUAGCCAUGCAAUGGAUGGUUUACAGGGGAUGAUAGUUGCUGUGAUAUUCUGUUACGUCAAUGGAGAAGUCCUAUAUCUUCUGAAAAGAUCGUAUCAGAGGUAUAAACUUCGUCAAGAUUCACAAGGGAGAAGUUGGAAUAAUUUUACAAUGAAAAGAAUGUCCAUGUCGACUCAUGUAUCAACUGUUGGAGAAAUUCAAUAUCUGAAGAAUCGUCAGGAUUCAGUAAAAAGGACGUCGUGUUGAAACACUGUUGG